UGUAACUAGUAGAGAGCUUUAGAGUAGCGGUGUGUAAAUACGUAUUAGGGGACAGCGGGUUGUGUUGUUACGUUCAUUAAGACAUUCUUGUGCGGAUUGGGGCAAGAGAGUGAGAGAGCUUUACAUAAUUGCAUGCAUGCUUUUUCAUGUGAAAUGCCCCUUUAAAAGUGGGAUCAGUUAGGUUAGAGGCACAUUGUAAAGCAAGCGGACAGUGAAGAGUAAGUAGAUCUGUGAUUUCUGCACUUUACUGGUGUGAAAAAUCGCAUUGAAGAUGGUGUCUUCCUACCCUUUACCGGAUGGUUUCUCAGACUUCGAUGUAUUCUCUUUGGGAUCUUGUCUGCUAGUGGAGGGUCUUCUGGGAUUCUUCCUGAAUGCUGUGACAGUCGCUGCUUUCCUCAAAAUAAGAGAACUGAGAACCCCCAGCAAUUUCCUAGUCUUGAGUUUGGCAUUGGCCGAUAUGGGCAUCUCUGCGAACGCAACCAUUGCCGCUUUCUCCAGUUUUCUGAGGUACUGGCCUUAUGGCUCUGAUGGCUGCCAGACUCACGGCUUCCAGGGUUUCGUGACAGCUCUCGCCAGCAUCCACUUCAUUGCUGCCAUUGCAUGGGACAGAUACCACCAGUACUGCACAAGGACAAAGCUACAGUGGAGCAGUGCCAUCACUCUGGCUAUUUUCAUCUGGCUGUUCACCACCUUCUGGUCUGCCAUGCCCCUCAUCGGCUGGGGAGAGUAUGACUACGAACCCCUCAGGACAUGCUGUACCCUGGACUACAGCAAAGGAGACAGCAACUAUGCAUCCUACCUGAUCCCCAUGGCCAUUUUCAACAUGGCCAUCCAGACCUUUGUUGUCAUGUCCUCCUACCAGUCCAUCGGCCAAAAAUUCAAGAAGACUGGAAACCCCAGGUUUAACACUGCCACUCCCCUGAAGACAUUUUUGUUCAGCUGGGGACCAUAUGGAGUCCUGGCCUUCUACGCUGCUGUUGAGAAUGCCAACUUGGUCUCUCCCAAAAUUAGGAUGUUGGCUCCUAUUCUGGCAAAGACCUCUCCCACCUUCAACGUUUUCGUGUACGCCCUGGGCAAUGAGAACUACAGAGGAGGCAUCUGGCAGUUCCUCACUGGGGAAAAGACUGAAGUGCCUCAAAUUGAGAACAAGUUCAAAUAAACUAAGCAUGUGAUAAUCACACACAAACUGUCCUCUUGGUUUUACAAAAGGUACGAAUGUUGUUGUAGAUUCAUUAAAGUCACUGGACCUGGACUUCA